AUGGCAUUGGCACAAGACACAGGACAUGCAAAAGUCUUCGAAGCACUGAAAUACACCAAGGAUUUACCAACACCAUCAUACAAUAUCAUCAUUCAUAAGGCUAGAGAUGCCUUCCAGCUGUUCAACAUCCCAGGCUAUUCUCUUGAAGGUAUUGCCGAACUGGAACCCAUCGAAAACAAUUUCGUGGGCAUCGCCGAUGAAAAGCUCCUCAAAUUGCUAAAAGCAAAGGUUCUGUUUGAGAAGUUCUGUCGAGAUCCACGAAUCAUCUGGGCAGUCUGCAAUAUUGAUACGAAAGAGUGGACGCAUCUCUGCAGUAGCCCUACCAACAAGGGUUCAUUCGCUCUUCAUGGCCUCGAUGGACUCAUCAAACCAUAUGCAAGAUGCUCAUACAAGAAUAUUCUUGGCUGGGAAGUGACGAAUACCCUUUCUUCAAACCUAUCCUUGACAGUAUCUUCUUCGGAUGCUUCCACUGCAGAAAUACCAUCCUGUGCAGCACAGAAUACACUUGUGCCAUGA